GUCUGGCCUAUCAAUUCUGGUUCAACCGACUCAAACGUAGCGAAAAGCUGAAAAGUCGAGUGGGAAGAAAUCGGGUACGGGUAUCCAUACGUUCUCCUUACAUGGUCCCUCUCCUUCAGCGGCCAUAUUCUAUUCGACUUGGUGUUUGUCUUCGUAUUCGCCGAGGUAAAUCACUGGAUUUUAGGUCUAGCUAGUUUUAAUGGAAUAUCAGCAGUCGGCGACGAUGGAGAGACACGGAGGAUACGGCUUUGGCAACCACCAAGAGGCCCACCAUUACGACUACUACCAGCAAAACCAUCAAGAUUAUCACCACAGCGGCCACCACCACCACCACUUGAAUGACGAGCCUAUUGCUUCAUAUGACGGUGGAAGUGGCGGAUUCGGCUCGCACUUCCGCAAAAGACGAUGGCAAAAUUUUGCAAAUGACGCUCACACUGACAGUGGCAGUCAUGCGAAGCUUUAUAUUCAACCAGUUCCAAGAGCAGCAAACGAAGAAGAUGUAUGGCCAGUGUUCGCAAAUUACGGAAGAGUCUUUGAGGUUAUUCUGCCUAGGGACAAGAGAACCAACCAACGACUAGGAGGAUAUUGUUUUGUGAAAUACGCAACGGCUGAGGAAGCUGACACUGCUAUUAGGGCUUUGGACAAUCAGUAUACUUUUCAUGGGGAAAUGGCUCCUAUCAGAGUUAAAUAUGCUGAUGGUGAAAGGGGACAUGCUAGUAAGCCUUUGGCCAGAGCACCUGUACCCGGACCGUACACAGGGGCAUCUGUGGAGAAUCUGUAUAUUGGUGGCCUUAGCCGACAAACUUCAAAGCAAGAAAUUCAGGAAGUAUUCUCUGCUUAUGGUGUUGUGGAAGAUAUCUACAUUGUUGUUGAUGAGAUGAACCAAAGUCGUGGAUACGGAUUUGUUAAAUUUUCUCAUAGAGAUAUGGCACUAGCAGCAAUAAGAGCUCUGAACGAAAAUUUUACUAUGAGAGGGUGUCAUCAGCCAUUGGUUGUUCGUUUUGCAGAUCCUAAGAAACCCAGAACUGGAGAAUCAAGGGGCAAUUAUGUUUUUAGUAGCCCAAGUUUUGCUUCAUUUUCACAUGAAUCAAUUAGCAGGCCGGGACCUGGUACUGGUGAUUCAAUGGGAGGCCACUUUCUGCCUAAUACUUCAUAUUCUGUAGCAAAUUCCUCGAAUUCGCAGUUGCAGCCUGUUUCCAGUUUAGGAAACCAGAAAAUGGCAGAUCCUAGCGUUGUGCAACCACCACUCCAGUCACCUUUACAGUGGACUCCAAAGGCACCGCAACAGAUAGAGACUCCAAGAAGUUGUCAGUCAUCUCAACAAUCAAUGUCUGAGAUUCAGAAACAGUCGCAUCCAAUACAAAUAUCAACUCAAAAUUUAAAGCAGCAGCAGAGUGUACAGGUUGCUGCACAAGAGACGGUAUGCAAUCCUCAGACUGCCGCCACUUCUUCCACAAUUGGAUUACCUUCGAAUCAACUGACAAGUACAUAUUCUCUUGAGUGUGAUUGGAGUGAGCACACCUGUCCUGAUGGAUGCAAGUACUAUUAUAAUUGUAUGACUUGCGAAAGCAAAUGGGAGAAGCCUGGAGAGUUUGUCUUGUUUGAGCAACAGCUAGAGAAGCAACAAAAGCUGCAAAACCCUAGCCAGCUGCUCCACUCCCCUUUGCUGCAUAUCUCUGCCCAACAACUUGUGGAAACACAGAAGUUGAAGCUUCCGAUGGAAAUGGAUGUCCUAAAUCUCAAGGACCAACUGGAAGAACCUUCCUCAUUGGAAAUGCACCAUCCCCUAGUGAGAUCAGAAAGAAGCCCAGUUACCUGUGUAUAAUUGGUAUGAGGUGUUAAAUUUUUAUUCACUUAAUAUUUGUUGGGGACUGGAUUAGUUAUUCUGGGCACUGGUUUUGGGGGCUCUAGGGCAGUGGGGUGGAUCAGAAUAGAGUUCUUCAAUUCAAUUGUGAAAAUUUGCUGCUUUUGUCUUCUUAUUUAUCACCUUGAAUUCUUUUUUAGCUCUAACAUGAUAAUUUUCAUUAGAGAAGUUCCCAGAAAUAUAUGUGAUGUGUCAGUAUUAAUGUCGUUGAAUUAAUGAGAUACUAGCUAAAUGUAAGGUUGUUUCCUUAUCUCCUUUUUGCUCAGUAAGUAAAUGUUGCCCUAGUCCAUAUGAAUGGUUACAGUCACAGGCGUCAGCAAGUGAAGUAGAGUUUCAACCUGCAAGAAUCAGGUAUGACAGUAUGAAACAAUCAAUGCCACAACUAGUAUUAAUUUGUGAAGUUUUCAAUUAUUGAUUUCCUUCAUCAAUCAUUAAAAACAUUUCUAUAUUGGCUUAUUAAGAUCUUUGGCUA